ACGUGCGACAUAGUGGGGUGACUGUCGACCCAAAGCUCCGCGAGUGAUUGCUGUGCGCGUGUGUGUAUGUGCUCACGGUCGGUGAUACUGGAUUACAGGCUCACUUCUGUUUGAGACCAAGGCACUGGCCAUAUGAGACAUCAACAGACUCUAUAUAGCCUUUCAUCAAAGACAAACCGGAGUUUGAGUAGCCACCGUCUCCAGCUUCAAGCACACGCACUUUGUUCUUCCCUGUGUAUAGUUGUGUAGUCGCCCCAGCACGACGUGUGCAUCCGUACACCUCUGUGACGUCACUGCAGCUCUGUGUACUCUCACACCUCUGUGACGUCACUAUAGCCCUGCAUAUUCGUACUCCUCUGUGACAUCACUGCACCACGUGAUUACUAUGUCGGUGGACGCCGCCUUCAAGGAAGCGGGCCAGUCGGUGGGACUGGAGAUCUGGAGGAUUGAGAAACUGAAAGUUGUGGCCCAAGAACCCAAAACGUAUGGCGAAUUCUACUCCGGUGACUCCUACAUUAUACUGAACGUGGAGCUGAACGUGAAUUCUCUGAACCAAGGCGAUGUUUUCAUUCUGGACUGCGGUCUCGUCAUCUUUGUCUGGAACGGCCCUAAGAGUAGCAAAAUGGAACGAAUCAAGGAUUGCUUCAUUCUGGACUCCGGCCCCAGCGGGAUAUUUGUCUGGGUGGGCCGGAAGUGCACCAGGAACGAGAAACAGUCAGCUUGGAAACACGCUACAGACUUCCUCUCACUGAGGGGUUACGCAGAUUGGACACCGGUCACUCAGCUGGUGGAGGACGGAGAGACGCCGUUGUUCAAGCAGUACUUCAAGUCCUGGCCGGACAGAGACGCACAGGCCGGGAUGGGGCACGUGCAUAAGAAGGAGAGGAUCGCGGCAUACAGCAAAGAGAAGUUUGACUCCACCGUACUGCACCAGCGGAGAAAGAGGGAGGAGGAAAACCUGCCCGAUGACGGCCAAGGUCAUGUGCAGAUUUGGCGUGUGGAGCACAACGACUUGGUACCCCAGCCUGAGGAUACCUACGGGAUCUUCUACACUGGAGAUUGCUACAUCGUCCUCUACACCUACAGGAAAUCGGGAAGAGAGUGUUACAUUCUCUACUUCUGGCAGGGAGCCAGCCCUGACGAAUGUUUGUUGGCCAAGAACUUGACAGGCUAUCUAUUCCCAGACAGAAACACUUCUGACGUCAUAGAGGUCAAUGAGGGAGCUGAGGAGGCAUCGUUCUGGGCUCUGUUGGGCGGACAGGAACCAUAUGCCUCCGGGAGGCAGCUGGAGGAAUACAUCAAGAGCGACCCUUCCGGGCGUAACCCUGACAACACAGUCAUCCUGCAGAUCAAACAAGGACUCGAACCUCCGGCCUUUACCGGACACUUUAUGGGCUGGGACCCAGAGAAAUGGAGUCGCUACCUGUCCGAUGAGGAUUUCCAGACCGUGUUCAAAAUGUCCUACGCUCAAUUCUCCUCACUUAAGCAGUGGAAGCAGCUGGAUCUCAAGAAAAAGAUGGGCCUUUUCUAACUCCUCAACCACGCUUUCUGUGCGACCUGCUGGGACCCAGUGGCAAUCAAAUACACAUGCCGUGUGUGAAACGCAAUCCAAAAACAACCCCCCCCCCCCCAAUCAACCUAAAAGUCCCAAAACAAUACCACUUUAUUACACUGACUUAUUGCGUAUGUUGACUUAGUCUAAAGAAUUAGACUGCGCCCUGUGUGUCGACAAUUUUCUAAAAAUAAUAUCCCCUUUCUACUUUUCUUACCUCCUCUUCAGCCCCACCCCAGCCCCAACCUAGAAAUCAAAUUUACGUAUUUAUAAAACAUGUGGGUCCAUAAUCCUCACUCCUGUGUCAUUAUAGCUACGAUUUUUUCUUGUCCCUCAAAAUGUAGUUGCGAGUACUGCAAACACUCACAAACAUUUCAUUCAAAUCCCCUGUAAAUUCACGAGCUAUUGAAACCAUACAUCAAUAAACUGUGUAUUCAAAAGAGCUCACCAUGUUCAACACAAUGAAACAAUUUAUAUAAAAUCAUUGAAUAUCCACCCCCACCCCCUUUCUUACCCCGUUUACCCCAACUGGACUCAGCCCUUUUCCUCGGUUCAAUGAUAUAAUCAAGUCAGAAAAAUUGAUUAGGAGACAAUGCCUUACGAAUGACUCCAUUUUUAAUCAAAAUGGUAGUGGGAUGCCAAACGUGACUGUUGAAUUCCGAUCGUUUGCUCUGUCUGCAAAAACACCGGCUGACAGAAAAACAACCAUUCCGAUACGACGUGUAAGGACAACAUGGACCACACUCGGAUUCGAACUCCGAACCUGUGUGCUUUCCAAACCUGUGUGUUUUCUAAACUCGUCUAAUAGGUUUGUCAUACGAGUCACUGAGGAUAACUCACUCACACCCUGAACAUCGCCUUGCCUUGGCUUGCAGUGUGACGUGUGAAGACUGCCGACUGUCAUUAACUCGUUGAGGUCGAGUAUUCCAGACAAUUGACGACGAUAGAACACGAGCUGUUUUGUGGCGCGAAAGAAGCGUGGCUUCGUUAUGCAUGCACGAUUUUUUCAAUUCGGUUUCCUUUCUAUGAAACGUAAACAGGCAAGCAUACUAUGAAAUAUGCAUAAUUACUCGUUUGCCUGAUUUGUGUAUGAUAGUUCAAAAUUGCCACCACAUGGUCUUUGGUUUGCAUCCAUUUGUCCACUACGGCCUUAAGAGUUAAAAAGAAGCGUGGCUUUAUUUAAAUCAUUCAGUUGCUUUUUUUCACUUCAGUUUCCUUUAUCUGAAAAGUAAUAAGCAAGUUGCUAUCAAAUUAUAGUAUAAUAAUACAAUAAUAUGCAUGUUUUUGUUUCUGAUCUAUGUGUGAUGGUUCGAAAUGGUGCCGCAACAUUGCCUUUGGUCUGCUGCUGAUCAGAAAUAACUUAAUGUGUCUGUUUCGUCCUAAAAGAGUUGAUACAUUGGAUUCACAAACAGGUAAAAAGGUGGGGGGGGGGGGAGGGGAAAACGGCAUAUGACACCAACAUUCUUGAUUUAUGACCGUGAAAAUGGCAUUCCAAAAAAAAAAGAAAGAAAAGAAAAACUCGAAGAAAAGGUGGAUUUUAUUUUUUAAAAACGUUUCAGUGACACGUUGAUAAUGGCUUGUCACAACGAAGCAUUUCGAUUCAUGUUCAAAACAACCAUCCUGUAACUGACAGUGUAGCUUUCUGCUGGCCGAUUUAUAUCAAUAGUAACGUAUCAUUUUUCUCUUGAAAUGUAUUUUUAAAGAGAUCAGGCAGAGAUUGAUCACUUAGAGAGCAGCUUAAAAAGAUUUUCACUAAAUGGAAAACGAAAAUUUAACCAGCAUGUAUCUUCAUGGUUUCGGAUAACUAAAAAAAACAGGUUAUAUCUUGUGGUCCGUGUAAUAAAAUAUUAUCUUUCAAGACUCGUAGACUUGUGUCUGAAUAUUACUUCUAGAUUACGAUGAGGAAUAUCAGAAAAUUACUACAUUUCUUUUUUUUUUUCUAAUUGCGUCUCUUGUGAGUCUUGGAAUGCUUAACAUGCGGAGGAGUAUAAUAUAAUCUGACACCUCUUACUUUAUGCUUUGUGGCAUUACUGGGGGAUUUCUUAAAACUUUAUUUAUUUCUUAUUUGUUGACUACAAAAAAAGAGAAAAACUUUUCAAAUUCAAUGUACUUUGGAUGA